AUGUCUCAGGGAUUCGAGAAGCAACGGGCUCUUGGCUUCGCCGAAUUCCGAAGGUUUCUAGUGAACCUCUUAUCGAAAUGCUCGGAGGUUGUGAGACCAUCAAGUAAUUUGGCAAAGGACUCCUUGAGUGUUUGGGGCGGCCGUGUUGCCAGAGGCAGUAACGCCGAUUUUAGUCUUCAAGGUGGUAACAUCCUUAUUGAGUUUUUUGCCGAUAGCAGUGAAGGCCUUAAUGAGGGCUGCGAGAUUGGACGUAAUAUCGGAGGACAGAGAUUCAAGGGCUUCAGUGGUUGGCGUAAUGCUGAUCGCAGUGACGUGAGUGUCGAUACCGUCGAGAGCGCCGGUGAUAUCAUCCUUGAUCUUCAUGAGGCCGGGGAUGGAGGAAGGGACAGUGAUGGAGAAAGUAGAUGGACGUCCUCGGGAGUUUCUGACGCCGAUUUUUUUGGUAGGAUGCCGCGUUAUCUGGCUGCUGUCGAGUAUGUUGGCGAUGGCUGUGAGUUGGCCGGUGAUGGAUUGGAAGGGGGUUUGGAAGGUGUCUUGCUGCGGAACCUCACUAAGAGCUGCUAG